AACCCCAACAAACAAGUUGUCACACAGACUGACAAAGUCCCGAACCAGAACUCCCUACCUAUGAAAGAAGGCCUAUUUAACCACAAACUGGCGAGAUUUAAAAGGAAACUAUUGCUCAAAACGCGAGAUGAUUGUGAGGAAACUUUAACUGGUAUGGAGCACAUCCCAUAUGUCCCUCCACUGGCUCUCCACGGCUUCUCCAUGGAUAACAGCGGUGCGCACUACAGGGACGCGCUUCGACUAGGACUGCCCUUCCACCUAGACGCUGCAUACCUCGACCCUGUGCACGGCCAGAUGUCACCCUACAGACGAUUCUCCUAUUUCCCUUUUGACGGACCCCUCGGUGUGUGUGAUUACUCCUUUGAGCCCGCGUUCAUCCGGAAAAGGAACGAAAGGGAGCGGCAUCGAGUGCGCUGCGUGAACGAAGGUUACGCUCGGCUCAGAGAGCAUCUGCCGCAGGAGUUUGAGGACAAACGGCUCAGCAAGGUGGAGACCCUGCGGGCCGCAAUCGACUAUAUCAAACGCUUGCAGAGGCUGCUGGACUUGAACGUGUCCGGGAUGGAGGUGUCGCUUGGAGACGCGCAGCUCCCGCAGAGGACAGUGCAACAGUGAUGGGGGAUCCAAAACUGGCCUCAGCCACAGAGGGGAAAUAGUUUACUAGUUACAGUACAGUUUGUGUGUGUGUGUUUGUGUGUGCGUGUGUGUGUGUGUCUAAAUUGUAAAAAAAACAAAAAAACAAAGUAGUUGGCACAAUUUCCACUGUUUGAUUUUAUUCCACAUUUUACACAUUGGGCAAAAAAGUAGGGAGGACAGACAGCCACAGUUGACUCUUGACCUUUGGGAACACUAUGUAACAAAAUAGUAAAAGAAUUUGACUGAAGAUUGAAUGAAGUUUGAAGAUUAGCUUAUUGUGUUGCAUGAAAUGGUUGUGUUGAUAUAGUGGUUGUGUGCCUUAUGACAUGAUCAACCAGGUCAUUGGUAGUUUUUAUGGGUGUGACACUGCAAACACAUUGGUGAAAAUGAAAAAUUCAGUGAACAAAGUCUUUACCAUAUGUUGUGAACUUGUGAGUUCUGUAAGUAAUGCAGAUAUUCAUAAAUAUGAGUCAACAAGUAACUCUUGGUCAUGGUGUAGGGCUGAAUAUAGACUUUUUUGUGGGACAACUGACAAGUUUUGCACUUCAUCUAUUUACAUGCAAAGGUGAAUUUAGUGUAGGUCCAUCCAUCACUUGGGAGAUUUCUAAACAAAUAAUUUUUAGCGGUAUUUUAAAUUCUUGUGAGCUUGAAAAGAACCACCUAAUCAUAUUCCUUUACAAUUUAAAUGAAUAAUUCCCAAUGGUAUAAAAGAUGGAUCCAAGAGUAAAGCCGUGCAGCAAUACAGUAUGAAAUAUCUCAGAUUUCAGAUCUUUAUUCUUCUUUAUCAAUUUUUGAUCAGAGUGGUGUUUGUAGCCGUAGUCUACUCUCAAAACCAUAGAAAUAAAAAAUAGUGAAAGAUGACUUUGACUAAAUUCACCCCUUUAAGCGGACCAAAUAAAUAUCUAAAAAAUAUCUAAUUAUUUCGACUGACAUAGCAAUUACUAAUUAUUUAAUUAUUAUGAUUUGCAACAUUAAGGGGAAUGACAAUUUUUACACCAGUAUUUUCAUUUUCAUUGAAAAAACAUAUUAAAAUGAUUAUUAUGAGAUUUUUGAGGGGAUUGCUACCAAACAAAGAUGUUUGUAAAAUAUGAUCACCAAGACAUCUUUGCAGCGCAACAAUAUUUAAUUAAAAAUUGUAUUUUUACAAACGUUUCACCUUUAACAAAUAUUGCGCCUACUUUGAUUCGAAAAUUGCAGUAGGACAUAUUGCGAUUUAGAUAUAGUCUUGCUAAUAAAUUGUUCAGCCCUAACGCACACACAUUGUGACAUUGUCCUGUGGCUGUUUUGACAGUACUUUUUGUAUUUUACUUAUCACAGCAGGAGAAGUACAGAUGGUUAAAACAUUCAUUAGGAAGUCAGUUCAUGAACUGGUACACCUAAACGUAAUGUAGCCAUUACGUCACUAUUAAUCACAGCUGUUUUCUCUGAAUAAGGUCUAUCUUGUCUGAAAUUUAUAUAUUUUUUUAGUUAUGACCAGUAGAGGUGAAGAUUAUAGUACAGUAAUACAGGCUUAACUGUUCCCUAAAGCACAGAAAUGACAAAAAGUGUCUAUUCUGAAAAAAGUCUCUCAUUGUUUUCAGUCACCUGAGUGCUCUUCAGAGACCUCCUAUGCUUACUGGUCUAUCUCAGGGUUCUCAGGAAGUUUUUCUCUCCUAAUAGCUUAAGGAAUGCAUUUAUCAGGGGAGCCCUCAGCCCCGCAAGAGGAACCUCCAAAGCCACCUCCUCUUCCACACCCUAUUUGUGUGUUUAUACUUCCCACCUCCGCUGACCUGCACGGAAACAGCUCACAAUGUCUGAUUUUCAGUAAUAGCAUAACCACAAAUUAGAGGGAAAGAAAGCAAACAAUAUAUUGUAUACAAGUAAAAGGGAGACCAGCAGAGUGGAGUUCAAGUGAACCGUGUUGAUAUGGAAGAAAGGCACCGACAGCCACAAAGGCACAACAUACUCAUAACAAAGGUGUUUGGCUGAGCAGUAUGUGAAUUAGAACCAAUAAUUAGCCAAGUGCUGGUACCCCGGGCUUGAUGGUUCAGUGGCACUCUGAAGAUAGAGAAGAUGAAGCCACUUAAAUGAAACCUCUGCUCAUGAUGGAUGUUUUCUUUUCCCAAUGCACACAGGCUGAUAGUAAUCAGAUUCCAGCACAGAUUCCUUGCAGGCAUUGCUCUGUUUUACUGGAAAGGUUGUUGCUGAUGCAUGAAUGUGAUUUAAUACAGAAGACAGAAGAAAAGGUUUAUAACUUCUACUUCAUCAUCUGGACCAUUCCGAUCAAUUUCUGGAAAUUUCUAGAAACAUCACAUGAAGUGACCUCCUGCAAGAUGGAUUUUGACUCUGGACUUUUUAAAAUCCAUAUGGAACUACAUAAUAUUCAAUCCUUUGUUGAAAUGAGGAAAGAAAAGCAUACUAAGUAAUAUGAUCAGAGAACACCAGCAUGGGCAUCAAACACACAUUUCCUUAGUGCAAGAGUUCUGAGUUCUGUAUUAAUCCUGCUAGUGUUGUCUUCUUUGUGUACAGCUGCAGAUUUGUGUAGCGCAGGCGAAAAAAUUCCUGCGGACAUGCACGAUGACUUGGCAAGAUAAAGUUUUUCAGUUGAUCAAGUAAGAUCAGUGAAGAGACCACCGGGAGAGGCUGCUGCGACGUGCCGAGACAGAGAGCCCACAUUCGGAGACGGAAAUGGAACAACUGCGAGCAACAGGACACACAAUGAUGCAGGAACAGUAGAUAGCAAACAAUAGUGAUUUAACCUGUGGCAUGUUGAUUAAAGUGUUGCGUUGUACUAAAAUUGUGAGCUACACCAGAUAAAGGAUCUAUUGCAUUGUACAGGGGUGGAAGAAGUAUUUAGAUCAUUUACUUACUGUCUUACUAUCAAAAAACUCCAAUAAAGUCCUGCACUCAUUUUUUUUUUACUUAAGUAAAAGUGUAGAAGUAAUGUAAACAAAAUGUGCAUAAAGUAUCACAUGGAAAAACUACUCAUUAUGCAGAAUUGUCCCAUUUAGUGUUAUAUAUUCUGUUAUUGGAUUAUUAUUGUUGAUGCAUUAACAUGCAAGUAGUACUGUAGUAAGUCAGGAUAGAACCAUUUUAACUGCGUCAUAUACAUUUUGGUUAAUUUGCAGAAAUACAUCAUAUUUUAUAAACAAAUAGAUUUUGUAAAGCUUUUAUUUUAAAAAUUAGAGUGAAAAGUAGAAUAUUUCCCUCUGAGAUACAGUAUAGUGGUGUAGAAUUAUAAAGAAGCAUAAAAAGGAAAUACUCAAAUAAAAUACCAACACCUCAAAAUUGUUCUUAAGAACAGAAC